UUCUUGGUUUUUGGUCGUUUGUAGCGUGACUUGUUAGUCACGACGCUGCGUGCGUUUUGAACUAGCCGUACGAUACACGACCACUAAUACGAACGAGAAUUCGCUAAAGUCGAUUGCAACACCGCUCGACUAUCGAAUGUGAACUGUUCAAAAUAUCGAUAUACUGAUUGACGAGGAAGUGCUGAUAAUACAUCGCUGGCGGACCGCUAGAUUAUUGAGGUUGAUUUUCCAUUUCGUCGUACGUGACAUCGUUCUGCGUGGCCACGCGCGAUUCUACUCCCGGGACACUUUUGUUGGAAUGAAUGUCAGUAAAAUCUGAGAUCGACUGGUACGGCACACGUGCCAUAAUGUUACCGAAAGACUCGGUCGAGGAGAGUUUUAGGAUUCAUUUUUCUCCUUUGCACGAUAGCCAGUGACCCGCCCCGUCGAAAUUUUCUUUGACCGCAGCAAAUCAUCGAACAAUGGAGAACUACACAGAGGAGAACACCAUCAACAUGAACGGAAGUGAGGAGCUACAGGAGAAGAUAAAUAGACUAGAAUCUGAAAACGUGAAGAUGCGAGAAGAAUUCAAUGUUCAGAGGGCAAAGUUGAAGGAACUGUUUCUUCAAACAGAAGACGAACUACAGAGAAGAUUAAACGAUAAUACCACUUUGCAAGAACAGAAUGCGAAGCUGAAAAAUGAGUUGUACGAGAUGCAGAAUCUACUGGUUAGAACUAAUUUAAAAAUGAUACGUGAUACGGUGGAGGAAUCUUCAAGCUCGCGGAUACAAUUGGAUGCAGAAGUAUCAAAAUUAAAAGUGACUCUGACCAAGUUGCAGGAAGAGAACAAAUGGUUAAAGUCACAAUUACCUAGGGAGCCGCCUGUGGAUGGACCGCAGAUAUCGUUGUCAACAGUAACAAAAACAAUAGCCCGGAAAGUAGUUUCACAGUUAGGCGCCGAUGCUUUAUCUUUAGGUUCUGACAAUCUCGAGGAAAGCAUGAGGAAGGUAAAAAGAUAUGCACAGGAAGAUGCAGAAGUUCUGCGUUCACUGGUAGUGCCACUCGAAGAAGAAAUUAAAGCCUUGAAAGAGAAAUUAAGAGCCACAGACGACGAGUUACAGAAAUGCAAAGAGUCGGUAAAGAGACAACAGGAGCCGGGUUCGUUCGAGCCCGCGUGCGACAUGUGCGCUAAUUACGAAGCGCAAUUAGUCAAAAUGCAAGCCACUGCUAAAGAUUUAGAGAAACAACUUUUGGACUCCGAGCGUAUGUUGCAAAUGCAGAAAGAGGAUCUGGCCAAGGAGGUGGAGUUUCGUAAAGAAAUGGAAGAGAAAUGGAAUGAAAAAAAGGAGGAACAUAAAAUCAAAGUAGCCGAACUCACGGAUACCUCGCAAACAGUACAACAGACUUUGGUUGAAUUGAAAAAAGCUUUCGAACAAGUUCAGAGGAAUGCCAAAGAAGAACUGGUGAAAUUGACGCGGGGUCGAGAGGAAGUACAGAGGCACCUUAUCGCACUGCAAAAAGAAAAUGAGAAUCUUGUUGGUAAGCAUAGUAAACAUUCCCAACAACUACAGAGUGAGAGUAUCAACAUGCCGAAUAAUGUCGAGGAGCUGCAUGUCAGUCUUUUAAAGAUGCGCGAAGAUCUGAUCACUGCUAAAGUGGCACAAGAAGUUGCGCAAGAAAAGGAAGAAACGUUAAGAUAUGAAGUAACUUUGUUACAUGAACAAAUGGAACAAGAAAGUAGAGUGAAAGAACAAGAAGUAUUGGUAUUAAAGAAUGAAAUUAGCGGAUUAAGAACACAAUUAGAUAAGUAUAUUAGAGAUCAUCGAUCGCUUGCCGAAAGGGAAGAGAAACUGGAGCGUUUAGAAAAACAAUUGGAAGCUGUCUUGAAAGAGAAUAAAGAGGCUGAAUUAAAAAUUGCCGAAUUACGGCAAAGAGUUACCAGUCUUCAGCAAGAACUAGAUACUAGUGAAGCGGUACAAAAAGACUUCGUUAGACUGUCGCAAUCAUUGCAGGUACAAUUAGAAAGGAUCAGACAAGCUGGUAGCGAAGUAAGAUGGCAACAUGAAGAAGACGUGGAAGAAUGCCCUACUUGUCAUAAUGCUUUCACAGUUACAAAGAAAAAGGUGCAUUGCCGCCAUUGUGGCCAUAUAUUUUGUUUGUCUUGUCUUUCACAUGUUGUGAAAAGUGGACCCAAACAAAGACCAUCCAGAGUCUGUGAUGUUUGCCAUACGUUAUUGGUGCAGGACACAGCACCGUACUUUAGCCAAGAACCCCCACAUACACCUGAUUAAAUAUUCUGACACGAAAUCAGUCCAGCAAGAUGUGCAAUAUGAAUUCGUUUCAGGAAGACUUAGAGAUGCUCUUAGUAUGAGAGGAUGCUAGAUAAGAUUCCUAUUACCUGACAACUGGAGUGAUAAGAUAAAUAUCGUGUAAAUACGAAUUAUGUACUACUUAAUGUUUAUUGUAAUUUAAAAGAUUAAAGCUUUUGAAUGUAUGUGUUAUCCAAAAAUUAAUGAAUAUAUAUCUAUUGUCUUGUUAUCUACAUUGCUAAAAGUAAGUCUCGUAUGGAAAGAAUAUAUUGGACAUUUCACUAA